GCCUGUUCGCCCUCUCGCAAGACGUCUGCGCUAUCCCCCACCGCUCGCCGUUGCUACACCAGACGGUCGCUCUUUCCCGCAAACGAAUCCAAGGCCACGCGCCUCACGACAUCGAUGAGUUGAAGAGGCAGAAGCUGGCAUUGGAGGCAAAGUAUGGCAUCGGCCACGCGAAGAACCAGAGGCGGGCGAGCGGCAUGAACUUGCUCACAAAUCAGGGUGCGGACACUGGCUUCUUUGGCUCUCUAGCAGUCGGCACGCCGCCAGUAUCUUUCGACGUCAUCUUAGACACGGGCUCGUCGGACCUCUGGCUCGCCACAGACAGCACCACUUCCUCCUUCCUUUCUGGCUUCCCGUCCGGGAUCGCGACCUACGUCCCGUCCGCCUCCUCCACCUUCCACAGCCUCAACACCACGUUCUCCAUCACCUACGGGUCCGGGGCGGCGGCGGGCGCGCUCGCGCAGGACACGGUGCGCUUCGCGGGGUUCGCGCACCCGAACCAGACUUUCGCGACGGUCGACCAGAUCACGUCGAGCGUGCUGACCGCGCCCGUCGCGGGCCUGCUCGGGCUCGCGUGGCAGCCGCUCGCGCAGUCGGGCGCGAUGCCGCUGUGGGAGACGCUGGCGAACGGGAGCGCGCUGAGCGAGCCCGUGUUCGCGGUCCAGCUGACACGCUUCCGGAACGCGACGAGCUCGAACAGCCUGGAGCCGGGCGGGACGUUUACGCUUGGGGGGACGAAUGCGAGCUUGUAUGAGGGCGCGAUCGACUGGCAGGGCAUCCCGGGCGGCAAGGCGACGUACUGGCUGCAGGAGCUGACUGGGCUUACGAUGCAAGGUAAUGAGGUCGCACUGCCGCUGGGGCCGGCGUCGUAUGCCGCCAUCGACACGGGCACGACGCUGGUUGCAGGCCCAGAGGAUGCUAUUGCUGCGCUCUACGACCAGAUCCCUGGCAGCGCGCCCGGCACGGGCGACCUUUCGUCAUUCUACACGUAUCCGUGCUCGACGGACAUCUCGCUUACGCUCCGCUUUGGCAACAGCAACGUGGACUGGCCAGUGUCCGCGGGGGAUUUUGCGUUUGCGACGACGUCCGAGGACGGCGAGACAUGCCUUGGCGCGUUCGUCGCGACGGACACGACUGGUACAACAGCCCCUCCAUGGAUCCUCGGCGACACGUUCCUUAAAAAUGUCUAUUCCGUCUUCCGCUACUCGCCGCCGUCUGUGGGCUUCGCGCAGCUGUCGCGCGAAGCGCUAGCGAUGAACGGGGUGAACGGCCCCCCGCCGAGUCCGACGAUUGGCUCUGUGUCUGUGUUCGCGAGCGCGACGGCUGUACAAACCGGCGCGCGGAAGAGUGGCGCCGUGUGUGCGAGGAACGCAGAUGCGGGGAUGCUUGUGAUAGGAAUGAUGGGCGCAGUCUUAGUGGGAGGGCUGCUCUCGUUGUGAGUUGUGAGCUGCCGCGACUGCUGCACGGUCAGCCUGGUCAUUCUGCUAUGUAUUUGAUGUUACGACUGUGAUGUUUAACGGAAACGGACGACCAGUGGCGAGUGCUGUCGCGG